GAAGCAUGCCUUUUUUAUUGUACUCGAGGAAAAGCGAAGAAAACCAGAGUUUGACUGAAACUAGAGACUAAAUAGAGUUUAAAGCGACGUUAAAAUGGGAGUUCCAGCAUUCUUUCGCUGGCUGAGCCGGAAGUACCCGAGCGUGAUCAUCGAGUGCAACGAGAACAAGCAGGUGGACCCGGACACCGGGCGCAAUAUCUACGAGGAUGCGACGCAGCCGAAUCCGAAUGGGAUAGAGUUCGACAACCUCUAUCUGGACAUGAACGGCAUCAUUCAUCCUUGCACGCAUCCGGAGGACAAGCCGGCGCCGAAGAACGAGGACGAGAUGAUGGUGGCCAUUUUCGACUGCAUCGAUCGACUCUUCGGCAUCGUGCGUCCCCGCAAGCUGCUCUACAUGGCCAUCGAUGGGGUGGCGCCGCGUGCGAAGAUGAAUCAGCAGCGGUCGCGUCGCUUCCGGGCGGCCAAGGAGACUACGGAGAAGCGGCUGGAGAUCGAGCGCAUCCGCGAGGAGCUGCUCAGUCGCGGCUGCAAGCUGCCGCCGGAGAAGGAGAAGGGCGAGCACUUCGACUCCAACUGCAUCACGCCGGGCACACCGUUCAUGGACCGGCUGAGCAAGUGCCUGCACUACUACGUCCACGAUCGGCUCAACAACAAUCCGGCCUGGAAGGGCAUCAAGGUCAUCCUGUCCGAUGCCAAUGUGCCCGGCGAGGGCGAGCACAAGAUCAUGGACUAUAUACGCAAGCAGCGCGCCCAGCCGGAUCAUGAUCCCAACACGCAGCACGUCCUGUGCGGCGCCGAUGCCGAUUUGAUCAUGUUGGGCCUGGCCACCCACGAGCCCAACUUCACCAUCAUUCGCGAGGAGUUUCUGCCGAAUAAGCCGCGUCCCUGCGACAUUUGCAAUGGUUUUGGCCACGAGAUGGACAAGUGCGUCGGCCUGGGGGCCACUGCGCCCACAGGCGCCAACUUCAAGCCAGAUGUUCCCAUCGGAGCGGAGGUAAAGUUCAUCUUCGUGCGGCUGAGCGUGCUGCGGGAGUACCUGAAGCAGACGCUGGAGAUGCCCAGCCUGCCGUUCGAGUACAGCUUCGAGCGCGCCUUGGACGACUGGGUGUUCAUGUGCUUCUUUGUGGGCAACGACUUUCUGCCCCAUCUGCCCAGCCUGGAGAUUCGCGAGGGUGCAGUGGAUCGGCUCGUGGAGCUGUACAAGAAGUGCGUCUACAAGACGAAGGGCUAUCUCACCGAUUCGGGCGAUGUUAAUCUGGACAGGGUGCAACUGAUAAUGACCGAUUUGGGCAAUGCCGAGGACCAGAUCUUCAAGAGCCGCCAGCGGCGAGAGCAACAGUUCAAGGCGAGGGACAAGGCGCGCAAGAGGCAGGAGCGGAAUCAGGAUCACAGGUCCCUGGAUCAGUCUGCAUUCGGAGCGAGUGCCGUGGGACCGAAUAGCCAGCAAAAGAGCAUUGGCAACUACAAGGAGGAGGCGGCUGCUUUAAGGAAUAGAAAGCGCACCAGUGACCAGGCCAAUUUGGAUGACGAGGAGGAGGAGGAGGAGGACAACGACGAGGUGCGUUUGUGGGAGGAUGGCUUCAAGGAUCGCUACUACGAGUCCAAGUUCGAUGUGGCGCCGGGAAAUCAGCAAUUCCGCUACGCCGUCGCUUUGCAAUAUGUUCGCGGAUUGUGCUGGGUGCUGAAGUACUACUACCAGGGCUGCGCCUCCUGGAACUGGUACUUCCCCUAUCAUUAUGCUCCAUUCGCUUCCGAUUUUGUUAACAUUCAGGGCCUGUCCACAAUGUUCGAGAAGGGCACCAAGCCCUUCAAUCCGCUGGAGCAACUGAUGGGUGUCUUUCCGGCCGCCAGUAGCUCCCAUGUCCCCGAACCCUGGGCUGAUCUUAUGGCCAACCCGGAGUCGCCGAUCAUUGACUUUUACCCAGAGGACUUCAAGAUCGAUCUGAAUGGCAAGAAGUUCGCCUGGCAGGGAGUCGCUUUGCUGCCCUUCGUGGACGAGAAGCGGCUCUUCAAGGCCCUGGUUCCCUACUAUGAACAGCUGACGGGCGAGGAGGUGAAGCGCAACAAGCGGGGCGACAAUUACCUGUACAUCAGCAACCAGAGUCCGCACUUCAAGAAGGUCAAGAAGAUAAGCGAUAAGUCGGAGGAGAACGAAUGCAAUGCCGUCUCCUUUGACGGAAUGCGCGGCACGUUGGGAAAAACCGAGCUAAACACUGCCAUCAGUGGAAUCCUCAGGUCGCCGAUCUCGGGACUGUCGGACAUUAAUGACAACACGACUGUGACGACCACUUUUAAGGAUCCCGAGUACGAUGAUGACUACAUAUUCGAGGCAAAGCGGCUGGAAAAUGCCGUCGAUCCGCCGCAGGUGCUGCCCAAUGAGCAGCAGGGUCAGAAGCAUCGUCCCGUCAUCGGAUUCAAUAGCCAUUUGACCAGGGCCUACGUUCCGGAUAGUGGACAUCGCAUGCUAAACGCGGGAAUUAGAAACGCUGGUGGCGGCGGAGGAGGCGGAGGAGGUUAUGGCCAAGGAGGAGGUGGCUACAACCAGGGAGGAGGACAGGGCUAUCAGAACAAUAGCCGCAACUAUAACUACAACUACAAUAAUAACUACAAUCAGCAUCAGGGUGGCGGAGGCGGCGGCGGCGGUGGCUAUCAAGGCAACUACAAUAACCGCCAGCAAUAUGGCCACAAUCAGAGAUACAACCAGGAUAAUUCCAAUCAGCAGCGCAACUAUAACAACUACAAUGGUCCAAGGAAUAACAACUACCAGCAACAGGGCGGCGGCAACAGGCAACAGAAUCAGAAUUAUAGAAGAUUUUAGGUGUACAAUACAUGCAUUUUAGUAUGUAGCCGAUCUUAAAAGUAUAAUCCAAUUUCAUUUUUUACAAAGUACUUUAAUAAAAAAGAAAAUAGUGUUUAAGGGUUGUCAGACAAACUGAUGCCAAAGCAUUUUCUCAAUCAAUAGCGAGUUCUUCUUAGAAACGAC